AUGCCUGGCAGCGACACCGCCCUGGCGGUGGACAGGACCUACUCGGACCCGGAGAGGCACCGGCGCUUCAAGACCCGGGUAAUCUUUCUGCCCCCUCGAUUCCCUCCUCCUGCAGGGCUCCGUCGCCCGGCGCUGCUUUUCUCAUCGGCACUUGCUCGAACUGAGCCAGCGCUGCAAAACCUCGUUGCUGCUUAGUUUGAUUCAGGGUAUCCGCCGGCGUCCCUGUCGCCCCUGCACUCUUUGGGAUGGUUCAGGGCUUAAGCUCGCUCCAGGUUUCCCUCUGGGACGCGCCUUUCGUCGCCUCUGGGUGUUGUCGGAGGCAGGUGUCAUGUCCCCAAAACAGGCUCCAGUUCAGCAGCGUGCCUUUGCGAUGUGUCAAAUGUCAGGUUUCAACUUGCCUUGCUGCCCAGAGGAGCAGUCGCUGGUGACUGGGCAUCCGGCCCCCGCUUGCAUUUGCACCUCUGUUGUUAAGUAACAGUUAUCCGGACUUGGGACAUUGUGGGCGCCUGGGUUGAGAGAGCUGCUAAAAAUUUAUAGGACGAGAGUCUCUGAAAGGCUUUCCCCCUUUCUCUGAAGACAUUCCAUGCCAGUGCAGGUAUUUUGCAUAGGCAAAGACGCUCUGAUUAUUACAAGCUAGAAUUAACCAUUCCCUAAUUAUUUGAAUGUAGGUUAGCAGACGUUUGGAACCAAGUGUUUGGCACCCUGAACUCAGACAGUAUCUGGCUGUUUGCUGUGUUGAAACAGGUGGGCAGUGCCCUUGGAACUCAGGGCAGUCAGAGCAGUCAGGAACCAGGAGCUUGAUAUGCUGAACCAAAUAUGAAAUGUUCUGGAAGGCCUACAAGUCCCAUCUUCGUAGACAGGAUAACCCCCAGACUAAUUGGUAGUUGUGGCAAGAAUGAGCUUAUACAUAUGUUUAUAGUCACUUGCUUUGAUAUAUGCUAAUUGGCUUGCUUUGAUGCUAUGCUUAUCUGUGGACCUUGGGAUAAUGGGCUCUAGACCCAGAGAGGGGAGAAGCUUUGGAUAGCUGUCACCUAUCCCAGGUGUGAUGGGAGAUUCUGGACAAACCGAUAUGCUGCUUUUUGCAUAAAGGAUGUAAACGUUUGCUUGAGUGCAGACAAGUCAUGACAACCUCUCAUUGUUGCGGUGUCUGUUCCGUAUGUGUAAAGGCAGCGAUGCUCUGCAUGCGGUGUUGUAAAGUUUGCACUCUUAAUUAAUAAAGCACUAGAGCUGGCCAUUCUGGCACUUUUACAGCCUUUUUUUGUAUCCCUGCAUCAAACUGCUCACCUAGGCCCUCCUUUGGGCCUGUGGUUCUGAACACUCAACAUUCGCUCUUUUGACCUUAUGGCUAGGUACACAUUAGUGGUUUAAAAUGCAUUGAGGUUGCGGUGUUUGCCUGUUGCAUUUCCAUGGUUCUGUACACACCAGAGAGGGAGGGGGCUGGGAUGUCUUCACCUGAUGCACAUUACCUUUUUUGGUUUUCUCACUCCUGCAACCCACCCAGCAACCCAUUCAUGGGGCUGUCAUCUGUGCAUAUGCAGUCGUCUGCGCAUGUGCAAUGGCUGUCUCAAAUUUACACACCUCUGUAUAACUGCAGAGUGAAUGUGGCUUAUGCUUUCAAACUGAAUGGAAGCUGGUUUAAGCGGUUGGGUGGGGGAAACAUCAAAUAGCAGUAUUUCUCAAGGAACUCUAGAUAGGGAUUAUAGCUAAUGUCAUGUGUACGCAGCUUCAGUGGUGGGAGCGCACAGGAGCCAGAGUAAAUGGUAAUGUGUGCACAGCUUAAAGCUGCCAGGACCUGCUCAGAUGCGAUCAGGGCAGAGGCACUGAGGAUGGAGGGUUAUACCCAUGAGAGUUUUUUGUGAUAUAAAUUGUUGUUGUGGAGUUAUUAGUCCCACCGGGGUGAAAUCGGGGCUAAUAGUAUCUUAGAUAAUAAUAGAUCAGGGAAAUGGCACAGGGGUAAGGGUUAACUCUCCCAUUUUGGCCAGUGCUGAUGAUCUAAUAAAAAGUACAGCACGCUAGGGCUGGUUUCAAAGUAAAGUUGGGAGAUCCCACUGACAUCACAGGCAGUAUCUACUGGUGCCAAAGAUUCUACUGCAGCCAGCUUCUGCUCAGCAAUAAUUGUUCUGUUUGGGGUGUGGGGCAGGAACCAGCAACUUUAGAUAGCGGUAUGACCCAUUCUGUACAAUUAUUAUUUCAUAACUGGAGUGUCACAUUGAAAUUAUUAUAAGAUCUGGGUUUUGGUUUUGGUUUUAGAAGAAAGAUCUUCACAAUACCUUCAUUUUAAACCAAGUCUAUGUUGCUUUCUGUUUAAGUGGUAAAAUGUGCUGACAUUUGUACAAGGCCAAAAUUGCGAAGAUGGAGCUUGAAUAAAGUUAAGUAAAUGAGAAGACUACAUGCAAAAAUCUAAAGAGUGAAAAGCAAGUCAGGUGUUUAUUAUUGGAGUGUCUAAAGCAGGGUUGGUGUAUGGCAUAGGUCUGCCCUCUCCCCAGGCACUUUAAGAUUGCCCCAUGCCUCUUAUCCUGAAUUCUGUCUAGGCAGAGGUGUUAAGUCAUUCCUCCCAAGUUCUCAAUACACAGUGUGUGGGAAGGUUUCUGUGCCACUUUCACAGCUCCACCUCCUUGUCAUUGCCACCUUGCCUGCUUCAUCCUCUAGCACCAUGUGAUUUUCCUCUUUUUGUAACAUUUGUGUUCCAUUGGUUAGGUCCAGGGUCCAGGGCCCUUUAAACAGGACUGUUGUCAACAUCUUUACCCCCUUGACUGCACCCACCUGCAACUGAUGCCAGGAGCUGCCAGAUAUGACCACUGAAACAAAGUUUUGCUCUUGGUUUGGCCCUGUAUAGGAACUAUUCAUUGGCAUCUGUCUUAGAAGACAAUGGGAAAGUGUACCUUCGGGGGUGAAAUAAAACCAUUGGAGAGUUACAGCGCCUGCUGUGGCUGUACAGACUGAUGCAGGAGAGUGCCUGGUUGGCUUGUUGAAUGAUACUCUAACCUCAAAGCUCGCAUUGAAGCAGGCUGACAGUGCUGGGUCAGUACUUUAUGGACCAGGAGCUGCCCAGCUUAAGGCGGGUGUUAGCUGACCAGUGAGACAUGAUGAUUACUCCUACCGAUUAAGGCAACCCAUAGCACUUCAAUCUUACAACAAUCAGGCUGCGCUUGUAAAUCAUAACUGCUGCCUCCUGUGUUGUUUUUGCUGUGUUAACAGCACCAAAGUGAACUCUCUGGGGCACAAGCCAGGGCAGUGCGUGUGGAGGUCCUGGGCUGCCCAGACGAAACAGCUCACGUCUCAGCCUUGCUGAUGUGGUCCAAAGGAAAGGAAAGCAAUAUAUUUGGCACCAGCUUGGCUGCAGGAGCUGCCGUAAGGAUGUGUACAAGACUCCAGCCAACCGCCAUCGGGACUCCGCUCUGGAUUUGUGUAGGGUUUGCUCCAUUGGUUCUGAAAGGGUGUCGACUGCCACACUGAUAUGACAAGAGAGGAUGCCAAGUGUGGUGGGGAGAUUCUACAGUUCUUCGCAUAUUGUUGUGAAGAGGGGUUUUCAAUUCUGACAAAUAUAAAAGGUCAGAAAAGAGAAAGGCUUCUUUAUGUUGAUGAGGAGAUUAGAGUUUGCUUGUCUAAAAUAUAUAUGAGAUUACCCGGCAAAAGCAAGCUCAGACCUCACAUUGAGUUUGUGUACAUGCUUAAGAUACAUAUGUAAGAGACUCGUUUAUAAUUAUAUUUUGGGAAUGAUUCAUACUCUUUUAUAGCUGCAUUUUUUAAUACUUUCUGGAUAUCCCGUGAUCAUAGGCUAAAGUAGUUGUGUUCUGUGUAGUAAAUCAAACACUGCCAGGGGUUCUUUCUCUUUGUUUUGCAAUGUAUUUCUUAGCAAUUGAAAAAUUGGUGUGGUGUGAGCAAAUUUAUAUUCUGAAAGUGUGGCCCAGAGAAAUAAGCUUGAGAACCCCUUGUUUACUAUUUAACCAUAUCUUCUUUCCAUGACGUCCCACGAGGCAAUGAGUAUGGAUUGUUCCUCGGGGUUUAUUCCCAAAGCCUUUCUCAUGAAGGAGCAUUGUGGAGGUUUAGGACCAGUGUUUUCCUUCUCUUAGAUGGACUACCUUCUCAGGUCAACAAGCCCCAUUUCCCCCUCAUUUCCCUCAACAGCACACACAGAAACCAUCUUCUUGACCAUUGAACCCACUGUUGGCCUUGCCUGCUCAAUAUGCCAGAGCCUGUCUUCGCAUGCAGGAGACUCACCUGACUUACCAAGGCUUUAAGAUCUGUUGGCUACCCUCACCUGGUUUAGCCAGCCAGUCAAAUCAAUUUCCCAGGGUGUGAGUGCUGUCAGCUUCUAGGAGCCAGAAGUAAGAGCUGAGUGCAUGGAGGGGACCAAAUGUGGAUGAACUACUCCAGAAGGAGCACAACAUGUCCCCGACCAGAAAUAUCCCAUACCCCUGUAUAGGAACAAUUGGACAAAUAUAGUAGUAUUUCCAGUGCCAUUUUUUCUAGAAAAAGAGGUGCUGGAACUCACCAUGAACACCUGAGUAACUACAUGGUGGGGAGCGGUUAUCCGCUAUGACUUCUCAAUGUAUGUGCAUAUAAAAUGGCCAGGCUUUUUGCAUAUGAUUACAUGCAUUGCACAUGCUUUUUCUUACCCCAAAAUGAUAUCUUAAUAUUAAAAUGUCACAUGGGGAGCUGUUCUUAGUUGGGAGAUUGGAUAAGUGUUGUAUGCAGUGUUGAUAAACCUAGAUGACUGUUCUGCACCAAGUUUGCUUCCUAAAUGACUACAGUAGUUCAAAGAAUUGCCUACCUUGCACACAUUUUAGCCAGUCAGCUAUGAGUAAGUAAAGUCAUAUCAGUCUAGUAAAAAACAAAGCAAGUGAGUCUUGUUUACAUUAUAAUUUGGCCUUGCUGGUUUUGGCUCUGGAUAUGAGAAGUCUGCUUCUCCUCUUCUAGGAUGAGAUGUUUAGUGCUUUAAAAGAAACAAACUUCACAGCUUGAAGCAGUUGGAUUAUUUAUCUGUGCAGGAAAGGAAGUAAUCUUCCUGAACAGAAUGUUAGGCUCUCUUUCUGCUCCUCUCAUCACAUUAAGGGACAUUACUAAACAUUAAGGGACAUUGCUAAACAGAGGGUGUGCUUCAGAUUGUUUCUGCAUAAUUAAACAUUUUAAAAUAAAUAAGGUCAUUUGCUGUGGCUUUGAUUGUUAUCACACUGUCAUCAUUGUACAAAUCUGUGCUUAACUCAAGUGCUAUUUCUCUACAAGGCAGUACAGGAAACAGUGAACUUUUUGUUCACUUUAUGGAUUGAAAUUUAGUAUGACUACUGGCAGGGGGCAGGGUGGUAAGUGGUGGAGACCCAAAAUAUUUUUGUGUGUUUUGAUGGAUGAUUCUUGGUGUCUCAAACUCAUGAAGUCCAUCGAACUGAAGACAGAUAAAAACCAGAUGAAGUUCGGGUGAUAACUUCAGCAACAGCCCAUUCUUUUGAGUUGUCUCCUUAUUGAAAAAAAAUCCCGAUCCAUUUAUUUAUUUUUAAGAUUUCUUACCCAAUCUUUACUAUAAGUUCCAAAACGGGUUACAACAAUAUAAUACAACUGUUAAAAUUAUAAAACAAUGAAAACGUACAGUUUAUGUUCUUUUUAAAAGCAGCUUUCCCUCUGACCUCCUUGUUUACAGUCUCCUCUUUCUCCCCCCGCCCUCUGCAGGUGGUAUUUUUGGGGGAAACCACUGUUAUAAAUAUAAGUAUUGCUUUAUGCAUCUGAUGCAGUGGACUGUGAUCCAUGACAGCUUAUGCAAUCACGGGCAUAGCGUGGGUUGCCUGCGCCCGGGGUGGGGUGGGAUGUGUCCCCCUGGUGGACUGGGCCGUGGUCAUUUCCUUCACACCCUCCCCCUCCUUCUCUCUCUGCUGGCCCAGGGUCAGGGCGCAUAUGGGUGUCCCUUUGCCGGGCAUGAGGAGGCGCAACCCCAGCCUUGAAGGCCCAGCCGGGUGUGGUUUGCCUCCCUGCAGCUCCGGCCUCAAUGAGGGAGCCUGUUGUGGGGGUGCCUGGUUGCACCCCCUCAUAAAUUUGUGCCAGGGAUCAUGGCCCUCCCACCCCACCCCCACUACACCACUGUAUGCAAUAAUAAAUUCAUUAGUCUUUAUUAUUAUUAUUAUUAUUUAUUACCGUAUUUGUUACUCUUUGUUAGAGAACUGAAGGAGUAACGGGUCCAAAUUACACUGACAUUCUUAUCAAAUUGAAAUGCAGAGAUACAGCUCUAAGAUGCUUCUGUUUAUAUUCUGGCAGAGAUCUGCUGCGAUUUGUAAAGUAUAUGUCUUUCAAAGCUGAUGGUAACAUUCUAGAAGUAGAGUAUGAGUUAAUAGGGAACUGCUCUUCCUGGAGGAUCAUGUUUAAAUAGUUGUGUGAGCAACUUGGGAGUCACUGAAGUUUUUACAUAUUUUAAAUUACACCAUAUUACUCUGGAGGUUUUCCCUCUGAAACAGCCAGCCAGGUUCAUUUUUCUUCUGAAAGCCACUUUGUUGAAUCAUUCAGGGCUCCAGGGCUCCGGGCUCCUAUGAAGUUUCAGUAAUGCCAUUGCUUUUCAUUAUGCUUUAUAACGAAUAUGACAAAAUGAUAUUGAUCCUAAGCCACAUACUCCAUCGGGCACAUUUAUGCCCCCCCCCCUCCAAUGUAAGGACUGUUUUAACCACAUACAGCAAUCUGGACUAAAAACCUUGGGUUAGUGUAUCAUUUAAGUAUCCUGUUUUUCUGUUUUGAAUCUUUUCUUCACAGAUACAGAGAACAGAAAACUGGUUUACUUAAAGCAGUCAGAAACUCAGUGAUGGGAUUAUCUGCUGUCAAAUUCUGAAUAAUGCAUCAGCCUCACUGGUCUGAUUUACUGCUUCUUCUCCCAGAUUCUCCAAAGUUGUUUAUUCCAAAUAAGUUUCAAGCAAGAGGAAGCAGGACCAGAGUGGGUGGAAAAUUUGAAGAUACUGGGAGAGAAAUCUUCUGUUUUAUUUUAUAUUUUGAAGGUUUUAUUUUAUAUUUUGAACAGCCUCGGCCCAGUAUACCUGAAGGAGCUUCUCCACCCCUAUUGUUCAACCCAGACACUGAGCUCCAGCGUCGAGGGCCUUCUGGCAGUUCUCUCACUGCAAGAAGUGAGGUUACAGGGAACCAGGCAGAGGGCCUUCUCAGUGGUGGCACCCGCUCUGUGGAAUGCCCUCCCAUCAGAUUUCAAGGAAAUAAACAACUAUCUGACUUUUAGAAGACAUCUGAAGACUUCCCUGUUUAGGGAAGUUUUUAAUGUUUGAGCGUGAAAGGUUCCUCGUCCCUGGCCUAAAGCUUGUGGACAGCCCUACCUCUCUAAAGCAUUUUAGUUGCUGUUUGACUCGGCGAGUGAGAUGUUUGUUACGUGACUGAGUGACCGACUGCGAUUGAAGACAGCAGUAUAUUGAAACCUGCGCAUGCCUCCCUUUUUCUUAACAUUUCAGUUGAGAAACCAUGGAUUGUGCUUCUGGAAUACUUUGAAGGACAUGUAAUUGUCCUUCUGUCAGUUUGGCAUUUCCCUGGUGGGACACAGACAACUAAGGAGUUCCAGUUUGCUCACUUGUCAUUGCUGCUGUCUCUGUGCAAAAUGUUCAGAUGCAAUGCCAGCUGGCACCAUGUCUCUGCACUCCAGAGGCUGUCAGUUUCACUUCUUGGAGUUAGACUUUGAUUUGUUACUCAAUACUACAGUUUAGGUCAGAAGUCCCCCUGGCAUUGUGGGAUGGCCAGUUACAGUUUGUUGGCCCAAUUAAACCAAUAGGACCAUUUUCUGAGCUUGCUUUUCACAUGGAAAAUCAGUUGCCUGAGGCAGCUGCCUCAUUCUGUCUAAUGGUAGGGCUAGUCUGGGUAGGGUAAUUCUUUGCUUGGAACCUAAACACUUAGGGAAGAGGGUUCCAUAGGCAUGCCAGCCCAGUGGCGAAGACAUUUUUAGUUAUUUCUCAGGUCACCUUGGGGGGGGGGGGUGUCAUCCAAAGCAUAUGAGCUGGAUUGUACACAAGGAAGAAAUCUUCAGAUACACUAGUCCCAAGCUAUUUAGGGCUGUAUAGACAAAGUCCAACAGUUUGAAUUGCACUUGGUCACACUCUAGAAGUUGAUGUAGAUUUUGCAGGCUAGGUUAAUGAGUCCAUUGUGGGAUAACGUGAUCAGAAGUCUUGCUGUUACAUUUUCGGCCCAACUGAAGUUUAUGAGUGGUUAUCAAAGGCAGGCCCACAUAAAACACAUUAGAGUAAUCUUUAUGUGACCAAAGCAUGGAUAUCUCCUAUGGGAGGGUCAUUCCUGUUCAAGAACUACUGCAGCUGAUGUAUCAUUUGCAGCUUAUAAGAGGUGCUUCAAGUAGACAUGGAUGCCACUUGGACUCCAAAGGCAAGAACAUCCUGGGCUACAGCCCUGACAUUUUAAGCAAAAUGUGACUCUAUCCAGCAUAGUCAGAGAACCAGCUCUUGCAUAGAUUAAGUUCUCCCCACCUGUACAAUACCCCUAUCUUGUCACUCUUUCCAUAAUCCUGACACAUAUUUGUUUGACUCAGUUAAAAAGUAGAAAUAGAGUGGGAUUAUCAUCACAUUGGCCCCUGGACAACUCGGGCAGUGGUUCAAUUCAUGUAGAUAUUAAAUAGCCUGGGGAGUAAAUAGUUGGAAUGCAACUUUAUUCUCCAUAUUUAUUUUAGACUGCAGUGAGCUAGAACAGCAGCUGACAAGCCAACCCAUAUGUUGGCUGAAGCAAACAUGCCAAGACGUGCUCUGUUUGUUUCUUUUUGCAGUUCAAAUUUGGACCAUUGAAGCUCACCUAUACAAUUCUAAGUGAUUUAGGACAGUGCUCCCUUCUCUUGGGUGUUUUAUUGAGAAUUAGUCACAGUGUUUAAAGGGAACUUCAUACCGAGGUAUGAUAUCCUAGAUUUAAACAGCUAUUGGUUGCUUACCUAGUCAAUCUCACAGAAAGAAGAAUCCAGAAUAUUCCUGAAUAAUUUGUUUGCUUCAGAUUUACCUAACAUUUCCAUACACUCUAAUUAGUUCUGCAGAAGUUUGAAUUUAAUGAUUAUUUUUCCUCCUCCUCUUCUUUUUACUGCGUUGGGCUUUUGCUUCUGAUGUGGAAUUGCUUCAUAUGCAUUUAUUACCCUUAACUUUUUCUAAUUACUUUGUGCUUUUGCCUCCAACAAUUAAGGCAUUUUUAAACUGCUCCCAUGUUUGUAAUGUAGUUGAGAGUCAAAGCCUUAAUUUUCUGAAAAUCUGCUCUCCUCUUGACCUUCCCAUAACCUCUAACAACCAGUUGUCAUAACCACUAGUAUAAAUGCACAGCUUGCUUUCUGCUCUUCAAUAAAUAUGGGAAAGAUAAUUUCAAAGUCACAAUAUAAGCUAAACUUAUCAUUGUGCAACACAUUUUGUUUGGCCUCUAGUUUUGUAAUUAAAGUUAGAAACAACCUUUCUGGCUGACAAGACUAAUCAAACCAGGCAUUAAAGUCUGUCCUUCGUAGUCUUCCUCAGACUGAUUUAGUUCCUUCCUGAUGCUGAAACUCUGUGACUUGGCACAUUGGAUUUUACGCAGAAAACAAACAAGGCUCCUUUUUUUUUUUACACUUGCAAAGUAUAUGCUAAAAAACACGAAUCCUUAUGCAAUCAUUUUGCAAAAUUACAGAAGAACAAAUGGUAUCUUUGAGAACUUGUGUACUCUGUGCCCUGUUGAACAAGAGCACAAUCUGUGAUGCCUAAUGCAAAUAACCUAGUUCUAUUCUAGGAAGCGUCUGAAAGGAAGAACGGCAGUCUCAACAUGAGUAUCAUUUGACGAGCUUGUGUAGCAGUAUCCUAUCUGAAUCUAGAGCAGUGCUUGAUUUCCAGGUAUAGUAGUCCUGGGGCUCAAGCCUAUCUGUGAGUUACAGCUUUUGCCAAACACAAAGAUAUAAGUUGGUUUUGAAGAAUUCUUUACCAAGGUUGUUGCAACUGCUUGAAAUGUAUUUUCAUGCUGCAGCAUUCCAAAGCAGACUUUCACUUGAUAAAGAGUUCUUUGAAUCAUUGUGGGAAUCAUACCAAUUUUCUUCAGCUAUCUAUGUUUGCCAGCAUUUCUGCUACUGUAAUUAAUCCUGUGGUUUUGACCCUUAGCAUUUGCCCUGUAAAGCCCUGCUUCUUAACCAUCAUGGUCUGGCAACAGGCUGUGUGCUUUCUUUGUGGUGAGGAAAAGCAUUCUGCGCAUGUUUAGAGACACUGUUUUUUCUGUUAUUAUUUCACAAGCUACAGGACUUGGCCAUAUUGUUGUUGUUGUUUAGUCGUUUAGUCGUGUCCAACUCUUCGUGACCCCAUGGACCAGAGCAUACCAGGCACUCCUGUCUUCCACUGCCUCCCGCAGUUUCGUCAAACUCACGUUGGUAGCUUCAAGAACACUGUCCAACCAUCUCGUCCUCUGUCGUCCCCUUCUUCUUGUGCCCUCAAUCUUUCCCAACAUCAGGGUCUUUUCCAGGGAGUCUUCUCUUCUCAUGAGGUGGCCAAAGUAUUGGAGCCUCAGCUUCAGGAUCUGUCCUUCCAGUGAGCACUCAGGACUGAUUUCCUUAAGAAUGGAUAGGUUUGAUCUUCUUGCAGUCCAUGGGCCAUAUUACUGGAAAUCAUAUUCCCAAAAAACAAAUCCUCGUCUAGUGAGUACUGCUUUUGGAAAGAAGAGAGGUACAGCAGGUUCUGUGUACAAAUUGGUCUGUGUUUUAUUAUGGAUAGACUGCUUCUGUAUUUUUGUUUUUCUUAGUCAGUGAGUAUAGGGUGCAGUUACUGUCACCAAGGCCAUCAGCUUGCCAUUUCUCAGAUACAUUUCAUGCAUGCAAGCUUUCCAUAGGAAUUUGGCUGGCCACACAGAGAACAGGAUGCUGGACUGUAUGGGCCCUUGGCCUGAUCCAGAAGGGCACAUCUUGUGUUCUUAUCUGCUUCCUUUCAUAUUGCUGUUCUACUCCCACCUCUGUGCCUUCUGCCAUGCUGCUCUCUGUGUUUGGAACACCCUCUAUUUGAUAGUUACUGUGCUCUGUUUUCUGAGCCAUCCUACUAUCCUCACAUCCCACAUCCUUACUUAGUACACUGCUACUGCUGCCUAGUUCUCUAUUAACACAUACUUGCCCUUUUAUCCAGUCUUCCAGCAAUCCUGGAAGAGGACCCAUUCCUGCAUAUAUGAGCUCUCUGACCUGACUCUUGCCCCAAACAUGAAGACAGAGCUGUUACUUGCAAGUAGGAAGGAGGUUUUUAUUCAGGCAAGUGACAAUGCAGGCUAGGCAGCUAGGGCCAACCUAGGCAAGGUGAGGCAACUGCCUCAGAUGGGCAGCAAAUCCCAAAGUAGAUCAUCAUUCCUCCUUUGUUCCUGAUGUAGAUCUUCACUCAUUCCCUUCUUCCCUGGCAGAGGAGGCGCCAUUUUGGGAUUUUGCGUCAGGUAACAAAAUGUCUUUGGCCAGCCCUGUGAACAGUAGACAUAGUGCUUAAGACUCACUGUGCAGGAGUUCUGGAGCACAGAAAGAGGUUCAGAACCAGAUGGAAGCAAAGAGCAUCUCCUACAGAGUUUCCCUAUCAAGAUUGCAAGCACCUGCUCCGAUCUAUAAAGGCAGUGCCUGGUUCUAGGUGACAAGGCUGGACCCUCCUGUCCAGGUUGUUGUUCAGUCACAGAUGUUUUGUGCUCAGCUUCCUGCCUCAGCUGAUCAGAGCCCUCCCCUGAGGCACUCUGCCUUGCAGAAAGGUUGGAGGGGAGAACCAGCACCCCUUGUCCUUCUUCUAAAGCUACUAACGUGGGAAAUGCCCCCUUCUUGAACCCAGGUUUCCACAAUUCAACCCCCUCCUCUGUUUCUUCUUCCUCCUCCUGUGUCAGACUCUGCCAAUCCAAGCCUGAGCUUGACAAUGCUGCAGGGCUCAUGACACUCUCCGCAUGUAUAGUUGUACGUGCAGGUUACUAAUGAAUGCCAAACAGAUGUUUGUUGGUGUGUGCCAGUGUGUGUGCCAGUGGUGGUUGGCAGGGCUACUUCACUUGUCCCCCAAACUGCCUCCAUGCAUUCAUUCAGUAUGUGAUAAUGUGUAUACCCCUCUUGCCUUGUGCCCCUGAAGUAGAUUAUAAGAUCUCUAGGCUGGGAGCUGAAUUAGUUUCUACAUUCCAUUUAGCUUCUUGCAUGCUUAGUCACAAAAUGAAAGUUAAGUUGCUGUGACAAGUGUCUUUUUCAAAGGCCUCUCUUAAGGUAGGCAGAGGUUAUGAGACAAGGAGAGUGCUGUAUUUCUAAAUAUAUACUAUUCUGGAAUAUUUGCAAAUGAAAUACAGUCAUAACUCAGGUUACAGACGCUUCAGGUUGCGCGUUUUCGGGUUGCGCACUGUGGCAAACCCGGAAGUACCGGAACAGGUUACUUCCAGGUUUCUGCGCUCGCGCAUGCACAGAAGUGCUAAAUCACUCUUUGCGCAUGUGCAGAAGUGCUGAAUUGCGACCCGCACAUGUGCAGACGCGGCACUGCGGGUUGCAAACGUGCCUCCCGCAUGGAUCAUGUUCGCAACCCAAGCGUCCACUGUAUUGAACAAACGAUGUGACAACCUGAAAGUAACACGUGAGCUGAAGGGUGGUGGUCUGAGGAAAUAGCAGGUCCCUUGCCUGCUGCAGGAGUGGGAACCUCAGGCCUUGGGAAUGAACGUAAUCCUCCAGGUCUCUCUGUCUGGCAGUUUGGGCUUUCCUUAAGCCAUGCCCUCCCUCCAGGCUAUGCCUGUCCCCGCACCUGCUCUGCAGUCCCCUUGAAUGCUUUUACUGGGGUGGAGUGUGUUCUUAAACUAUAGUAACAACUCUUGCUUGGAGUGUGUUCUUAAACUAUAGUAACAACUCUUGCUUGCCUGCUUGAAAGAUGGAGAAAUGUGUGCAUGUCUAGAAACUGCAGACAUUUCCUUAUUGGAAUGUAGCCUACUGUAUAAAGUGGCUCCUCCCAGUUUUGCUAGUCCUCCUAAAAAGAAAGUUAGAGGACAAAAUGUGCAGGUACUUUCUAAGCAAUUCGCUCUCAAAAUUUGAAACAUAGGAAACAAGAAAGUGUUACUUAAAAAAAAAAAAAAGGAAGAACCUUAAUCCUAUGUGGCUAAACAAAUUAAGGCAGUUGUAGCUUUUCAUAAUACAAAGGUAGGCAAAGUGUUUUCUGAUUCUCAAGGGUCCAAAUGACAGCUUGCAAAUGUUUUCAGAUGCAUGUUUCUGAAUCCUUUUAUAUAGUGACAAAUGUUUUUUUCAUGACUGAUGACUAAUAGGCUGGCUAGACAGAUAAAUAUAUACUCUGUGACUCAAUUUGUUUAAGGUAGUCAAGUGUUUUGAGGUAGUUUAAGGUAAGGUGUCACUUAACCUUCUUGACGUAUCUGAACAAAAUGAAUCAUUGUAUCAAUUAUAGUUUCAUGCACAUAAUUAAAGUUACAAUUUUAUGUUUGUGGUGAGUUUUUUUAAAGAAAACAACAACUCAUAUGUUACCUUAUGAGUAGGUGUGUCAUCUCGCUAACGUCUGAGAAGUGGGAAUAACAAAAUUUGUGGCAGUUCUUGUUAAUUAUGGAAGAGAAUGUUAAACUUUUAAAAGAAUCUAAACCUUCAAGUCUUUUGGGACAAACCCUGGAACACUAUGUGUUGUCUGUGAUCAUCUUAGCUCAAAAGUUUGUAUACUUUAUGUAUAUUUCUGUUAAAAUAAGCUGUCACUUAAAAAAAGAUAAUACAAUAUAGCAAAGCAAAGCAGUGUAUCCAUUAAAACAUUAAACAACUAAAUACCAAUAGAUGUUUCUGUAUAUGCAGAUGUUUAAAUGUUUACCAUGCUAACAUGCAUUCCAGCCUCUUUCUGCAAACCUGAAUUAUCUUCAUGACCUUUGCUUAGUAUUUUCCUUUUGAAAAAUAUGUAACAUGAUAACUCUGAAGGACAAUGGUCUGCUGAUAUAAGAUAGAAUUUUAGUGUGUCCUAUUCCGAAGUAGCUUUUCUCUAUUUCAAAGGCGUACAGAAAUGAAUUGGAUCCACUGUGUUGUCUUGAUAGUAAAAUAGGGAAAAAUAUCAUACCAUUUAGAAAGGCAAAUUUGUUGUAACUAAUGUCAAGUACUGUAUACAGCUUUGUGAGUACAGUGGUACCUCAGGUUACAUACGCUUCAGCUUACAGACUCCGCUAACCCAGAAAUAUUACCUCGGGUUAAGAACUAUGCUUCAGGAUGAGAACAGAAAUCAUCCUCUGGCGGCGCGGCGGCAGCGGGAGGCCCCAUUAGCUAAAGUGGUGCUUCAGGUUAAAAACAAUUUCAGGUUAAGAACGGACCUCCGGAACGAAUUAAGUACUUAACCCGAGGUACCACUGUAGUAAUAUUGGAAUAAACUAUUGUAUUUAAUGUGUUGAAAUUAUCCAUUAUGUUUGUUUAGAAACGUGUUCCUGCAAUGGUACAGGUGACCAUGCUUGUGGAUUUUAAGCCCAAGGGAGAUGCUGAAGUAUUAAGGAGGUUGGUGUAUGCCAGAAGACACACUGCCUCCUGUUCUUUCUCCUUUCUCUGCAAACAUGCCUUCCACAGAUGCCACCAUUUGUUCUCUAGACUUUGUCCAGAUAUGAUUAUUACUAUAUGAGGCCAUUGUCUUAUUUUCUUCCUCUUCUUCAGCUAGGCCUGUGCUUUUGCUGGACCACUAACUUUGAUGCUGCAGAUUAUUCUGACACCACCAUUUCCUCCUCCGUCUUCUAUUCUUUAUUUUUAGAUCAAUUUAGUUGUGUUCUAUUUGAUGUGUUUUCUUUAUGACUACUUUUGUUACCUCUGAAAUUAUGUGAUUUUUUUUCAUGUUGUCCAUGACCUUGACCAUGAUUUUAACUAUGGAAAAGCAGCAUAAAAAUAAAUAAAUAGAGAUUUAUGUAUGUAUGUAUGUAUUUUUCCUCAGAAUGUGUCGCUGACUGGCACGGUGGAGAUUAUUUCUUACAAAUAUAUACAGGGACAGUUUUUAUUUCUGACACCUUCUUUGAUCUGCACAAGUACUUCACUUUCACUUCCUGGAAGCCACUUGCACCUCAGAAACAAAGAGCUGAAUUCUGAAAAGCAAGAGGGACCUGCAAAAAAGGGAGGGGGUAGAGGUUCUCCAAUGUGGACUUCUCCAUUUCAUUCCCCUCCCCCUCCAACAGUUGGACAGCGUUUAAUGGUCACGGAGCAUGUUCAGUCAUCAUUAGACUCUGUUUGUGGAGGUGCGUGAGGGUUAGCUUUUUUUGUCUUCUAAAGAUGUUUCGUACUUUUGCAAAUCCUGGGAUUUCACCAAGCCUCAUAAUAUCUCCCUCUUUCAUGUGGCUACAUAAUGAUCAGCACUCCCUCAUAGCAUGAAUGAAGAGAUUGGUUUUAUUUGAAGGUAAUGCGGAACUUCUGAUCAUCCUUAGAUUUGAACUCUGUCUUAGCUAAAAAGAUGUUGCUCCUCCUGUGUUUUUUUUAAAAAUAAUAAUAAUUAAUUUUGAUGAAAGAUGUUCCUAAAUCAUGGUGAGGUCAAAGCCUUUGCCUGGUCAACAUCUUUGCAGUUACCUUGUUUAUUUCAAAGACUUUUCACUAAGAAUAAAUGACUGAGAAAGUUGGGGUUAGAAAAGUAGGUCUGCUUGUUAAAAGAUUAGACAGAUAAGUACGAUUUCCAUGGGGGGUUUUGCUGGAAAGAUCAUUUCAAUCCCUGUCCUAUGAGAGCAUUUGUGUGUAGCAAUCAGCUAAAUUAGACUGCCAUAUGGGUAAAUGGUGCAAGAUAAACCAUUUUAAAAUAUUUGAAUCUAGUUUUUUUAAAAAAAUCCCAUUCAAAGCAUUCUUUGUAAAGGAGCCUAUGCACUUAAGAAACAGCUGAUUCAUAGAUGUUGCAAUGGUGAUGGUAGUAACUGAAGAAUUCUUGGUUGUUGUUAUUCUCCUUGGUUAUAUUUAUUAAUAACCUAACUGCCUAAUUGUAUAUAUGUUGCUUUUGAAGGAUAUGUGCUUCAGAGAGCAACGUAUUUCGCCUUGCACCCCUCUCACCACAAAACCUUUUAAAUAUUUUCUGUGCAGCUUGCAAGACUAACAAUGUGACCGUGCCUUAUAAGCUUCUGAAGUGAUUUAUUUCCCACCAUUUAAAUAGUGGCACAAAUGCACCCUGAAGGUUUUGUGUUUGCUAGUUAUGUUAGAAGACAGUCACAAGCAUUUUCACUGGCGAAUCUGAAAAAAAGAAGGCAAAGAAGCUCAGACGUUAGGACGCAACGUAAGACAAAGACCCAGACAGAGUAUAGAAAAACGUUUGCUUGGCGGAGGGUUGGGGGUAUGAUUUCUGAAUAGGAAAGCACCUCCAAAGUUUGUAGGGGGAGGAACAGGAAUCAAUGACACAGAAUGUAAUUGUUGCAGGGACCUGAUUGCCCUUUUAAGCAGUAUUUAGAUAGCUGAUGCAGUUUUCACUGUUCAUCCUGUGCUUUGAAAAAUGAUCCACUUACCCUAUGAAUUUACAAAUAGAAUCUUUGUAUCUAGAAAUGGAUAGCACAGUUAUUUAGAAACUAACACCACAGCUAACUAUUUCUAUAUGUUAUCUAGAAACGCAAAUUCCUUAUUGCUUCCUCUUCCUUCAGUGUAUUUGAUAAUUUUUGCAGGUCGCUUUUGUGUAGCAUUCUGUGGCUGCAAUUCUAAGCAGUCUUAGUGGAUUUCAGGCCUAACAGCCCAAUCCUCACCAUGAAAUUACAAAUGAAUUCCGUGAGGCUUAUUCCCAGCUAUGAUUCUACUGCAAGUACAGAAAUCAGUACAGCGUGAGUACUAAAAGCCAUAAUUAAUCAGUAUGAUCCCAUUUCAUAGUCACUUAUCAAUCUUUGGAUUGUUUGGCAAAGUGUGACUAAAUUCAAUAAUUUUUUGUACCUUAAAAAUACCCCCACCAACCUCACACUAUGGCAGGGGUUAAUACUGAGAAAUACGGUAAUUAGAAUUCUUUCAGUAGAGAAUUUUGUCAACCCUCAAAUGAGUCUUACUUCAAGUCCUUGUGUUUUGCAAAUACUGUAGAUGUUUGGCUGGAGAAACAUCGUUAGCCUUGGAGGGUGAGGAAGUACAAACUGUUCCUCUGGAGGAAGUUGGUGCAUUAUAGUUACUGGCCAAAUUAAGCCCCAUGCUGUGUGUGUGUGUGUGUGUGUGUGUGUGAGAGAGAGAGAGAGAGAGAGAGAGAGAGAGAUAUGAUGAUGAUGGAUCACAACUCAUUAGGCUAAGGGAGCUAGGUUCUCAGUGUUGUGAGAGUCAGCAUAUUGCAGGGGUAAGCUUUCUAUUUGAAAUGUACUAAAACUUGUACCGCUUCGCUUUUAUUUUAAAGUACAGAUUCCCCUGCCCCAACAGAUAGAAAUUUCCAUCAUUGACUUUUCCAUGUCUAACUUUUAUACUUAUUUGUGAGAGAGAAAUAAAUUUUUUUAUAUCAUCCUAGGUUUCAUGACACUAGAUUGUGAGAGAUCGUUGUCACAAAUGACAAGGUAUUAUUUCAAUGGAAAAUCUGGGGUCAAAAAAAGAGAGAGCUUUCUUUGUUAAUGAGUAUAUACAGUAUUUCAGAACUGCAAAGAUUGUGGGCGAUUAAUCUCAUAUUGAGUCAUUCUGCUUUUCUCUGCACACAAUAUCUUAAUCUCCUUCAUUUGUAAUUUAGCUGGUAUUGUUUGAAAACAUUAUCAUCUGAUGAGAAGCAGCAACAGAUUAACAUUGGUCAGUGGAGAGGGCUUUAGCUCAUAGAGCCUUAGCAUUAUGGACUAUUUUACUGAGUUGACAGAAAUAUGCAGUUUAUGGUGUUUCCACAGGUGUAGCUGUGAUUCCAGGGGAACCUGGUGAAACUGACAAGGCUUUCACCAGGGUUUUCUAGACUGAGGCAGAGGUAGAGGGAAGGACUUGUUAAUUGCAUUGUUCUAUUCUCCGGCUGAUAAGCAGCACUGAUGAAAUCGACAAGUUAUUUUCCUGAAGCAAGUUUGACAAAGGCUUGAGAAAUUGACAUGUCAAUAUCACUAGCCUUCUCUGGAAUCCAAUCAGAUGUUGUUGGAGCUGGAGAGAUUGCAUACUGUCAGCAAAGCCACUGCACAUGCUUCAGCCCCUAGUGAGUCAAUGGUUCUACACUCAGUUUGUGCAUAAAGAAAUAUAGUACAGUUGUGCUGAAAAUGUAAUAAAUUUUCUUAGCCUGUGAACAAAAAUGGAAUGAGAAGGGGAAUACAAGGAGAUACAAAAACCUUUUUUUUUAAUGAAUGUUUUCUGUAUUAUCAGAACUAAAUAAGCAAAUGGUGUAAAACCUGAACAAAACUGCUAGUAAGAAAGGAGCUGUAGUAGUUGGUCCUAAUGUUUUGUUUUGUUUUGCCAUGUAAUGUUAGUAUUUCAGAGCAGUUAUUUCUACUGUAUUUGCACUGGGUAACUGUUAAGCCACCCUUUGUAGAAAGCAUGUUAUGGUGUAUCAGUUUACUAUUCUGUUAUGCAAGUUUCAUAACCAAUUUAAAUGUCAACUCAGAUUUCAGGGGAAACAAACAACUGGUUUCAUUCUCGCUUCUAUAUUUUCACAAUGACAUUGAAAUUGCACUGCGAUGACACACACAAAUUAAGAGUUACAUUUUCUUGGUGGAUGGUUGUAAAUCAUUCUGUGUUGCAGUGAUACCUGGUCAUGUGACAGUAUAAAAUAGACACUCUGCCAGACUUUGAAUAACAGCAAUAGGAAACUCUCAGAGAUGACAACACCAAUCUAUAUUAUGAUGAAAGUUUCUGUAGUCCAUGAAAGCGUAUGCAAUCAUCAUUUGUUGGUUUUUGAGGUGCCACAAAUCAUUUUUCUGUUUUUGCUCAUCUGGAAAUGUUAUGUUAUAGUAAUUCUACUUUUGAUUUCCAGAAGCUAUUGUUCUAUAAUGCUUAUUAUUAUUAUUAUUAAUUUGAUGCUGAUUCUGAGAUUAUUUCUUCUUCUUUCCUUUAGAUAUUCUUUCAGAAUAUCAUACUGAUAUUCCUUGCAUGCUUAUACUUGGGAACUUUAUACUUGUGAUCUUGAAGUACUGGGCAACAAAACCACUACGUAUUCCCCUUUCUACAUUUGUGUAUGCAAUCUUUUCAGAUGUGCGUAGGCAAACUAUGCAAUUUGUACAUCACUUUUAUCGCUCAUUGCUUGUUUAUUCAGUACAUGAUAACUUAUCACUGACAGUGUAAAUCACGGUAGUCAAUGUUGUGCCCUCCUGAUGUCCUUAGACUUCAAUUCCCAUAAGCCCGAGGCAGCAUGGCUAACAGUUAGGGAUUAUGGAGGCUGUAGUCCAACAACAUCUGUCCGUCAGCCUGUUAGCUACCCCUUCUAUAAACUACCUCUUUUGAAAAGCAUUUUGUUUGUUCCAUCUGUGUUGUUUGAUCUGUGAUAGUAUAUCCGCACAGUCACUACUCAUGCUGCACUUGAUGGUACUCUGGCAAAAUUCUGAAGUUCAAAGCACUUACCUUUUUUCAAGAACAAUUUCAGCUAACAAAGAUCUGGACUAGCUACAGCAUUUUUUUAAUAUAAAAAAGUAAGUUCAGAAUACGUUAAGGUUAAAAGUUCAAGCAAAUGUCUUCUUGAUUUAGUUAGGUUACAAAGAUGAGAGAGUAAGGAAGGAUUGUUCGUAAUAGCUAUGUUAAGACAGAGAGCACUGCAUUUUGUAGGUUUUCAGGGCUAUAUGCUCUGCUUUGUUCAGCAUGUUACAAAGGCAGGUGAGAUAGGCCUAAUUAUUCGUUUUCUGUAUUUCUUUAGUUCAGAAUAAAAUAGCACGUAGCAAAGAUUGAAAUUAAAUGUUAGCAAGUGCAAAACAUCAACAAAGCAACAUAGCAACGAUGUAGUGGCAGGGUUUUUUAAAUGCAAACGUGUCUGCUCAGAAGUAAGUCUUACUUGGACUUGCAUCCUAGUAUGUUUAUCCUAAAUGUACAUAAGAACACAGGAAGAGCCCUACAGGUUCAGGCCAGCAAGUCUAGCAUUCUUUUCUCUGCAGUGACCAACAGAUGCCUAUGGGAAGACUGCAAGCAGGAUCUGAACAGAACUGGGCUCCACCCACUUGUGGUUCCCAGCAGUUGUUGUUCCCAGCGGCUUGUAUUCAGAGACAUACAGUACUGCCCCUGACCUGACAUUGGAGGUAAAACCUAGCCAAUGUGGCUAGCAGCCAUUGAUAGCCUUAUUCUCUGUGGGAGCAAAGCGAUUAUUUUCACAGUAACGAAAUCAGGAAAGUGACUUCCUUCCUUUAAUCAACUAUUAGUUGAGCUUCAAGAUAAUCUGGUUCUUUAAUCCUUCUUUUCCCUGUCUUGCAUAAAUUGCAACCACCAUUUACAUUAGUUGACCUCAUUUUCAGCCCUUGGCUUCAAGUUGUUGCUGGGUUUUUCUGGGGCGGGGGUGUGUGUGUUUAUAUUUAUAAUUUUAAACAAUACUGUGACAUGAAACAGAAACACUGAAGUAUAAAAAAGGAAAAUGCUAGAAGUGAUUAAAAAACAACAUUAUUGGGAAGCACAGUGUGGCAUGGAUAAAGCAUAAUGUUACAGAUCUGGUGUAACAGAGUUUGGGGGGGGUGCAUUGGCGCCCAUAACUGCUAGAUUUAGUGAAUGUUAUAAAUUAGUAAAUAGUAGAAUUUAUAUACUAUUUGGAGUUUUGUAGGGAAGAUGGCAGGCCAUUGAAAGAUACAGGCUAAGCUACUUUCCCAGGUCAGGGCCUGUGGCGUUUGCCCUCCUAGGUGGGUCAUAAGGAAAGGGUUAAAUGAGUGUGAAGUGAUUGGCCAGUGGGAACCCAAGGGGAGGAGUUAGAGUUAGUGUUGUUAAGGAGUCAGUUGGGAGUUGGAGAAGGAAGAGGGAGGAUAGGUCUGUGGGUUGGUCUGGUUUCGAUGUGAGAGAGUGGGAGAAACUGUUAGGAGGAGUCAGAUAGAUAGUGAGAUAAUCAGUUGGGAGUUAUUAGGAAGGUAUAGGUCAGUAAAGAAACUAAGAUUAAGAAACUGACAAGAAAAAUUAUCUGAAACCAUAAGCUUGUUAAUGCUUAUAAAAUAAACUUUAUUAUUUGUUUUAAUGUCUGGACUCAGUGUGUACCCGAGAGAAACGGGUUGGUGGCAGGGGGAAGUGAUCAUAGUGGUGGCACAGGGAUCAAUAGACCGUCAAACAUCCGGGGACCCUGUGUGAUCGCCACAGGACCUCACCUGGUAUAGUUGUUGUUAAGAUGCUGGAAGCAAAUCAUUAACUCAUCAAUGGAGGCUCUGGCGGUGAGGGGAGGAGGUUGCCAAGGUGGCAGGGUGUGGAUGUUGUGUCACACAGGAAAAAAUGUUGCCCUUUUAAAAAAACAGAGUUCUGGAAAGGGGGGGCGCGAGCAGAGAGAUGGGGAAGAGCUGUUUUCUGCAAAGGCUGUUGGGCAGAAGAAGUGGGCAGAACUCCAUGAGCUGCUGUCAAGGCCAGAACCACCUUGGGAGGGUGGCACAGAGGCAUGGAGAUGGCAUGCAGGAUGCCUUGGACUUCAGGGUUGCACUGCUCAGAGGAACAAGUGCCUCGUGAGAUGAUCUCUCUCCAAAGUAGGUAAAGGUAAAGGGACCCCUGACCAUUAGGUCCAGUCAUGGCCGACUCUGGGGUUGUGGCGCUCAUCUCACUUUAUUGGCCGAGGGAGCCAGCGUACAGCUUCCGGGUCAUGUGGCCAGCAUGACUAAGCCGCUUCUGGCAAACCAGAGCAGUACACGGAAAUGCCUUUUUCCUUCCCGCCGGAGCGGUACCUAUUUAUCUACUUGCACUUUGACAUGCUUUCGAACUGCUAGGUGGGCAGGAGCAGGGACCGAGCAACGGGAGCUCACCCUGUCGUGGGGAUUCGAACCACCGACCUUCUGAUCGGCAAGUCCUAGGCUCUGUGGUUUAACCCACAGUGCCACCUGCGUCUCCAAAGUAGACCCAGGUGUAAAUAUGUGUACAAUAAACCAUAUUUCUUAAAGACACAACAGUCUCGGCCAUACCUUGAUUCCCGGUGGAAGCACAACCUUGGGUCAGCUCCUGGAACCCCCUGGAAUCUUGCUGCCAUUUGGCAGAGACUGGAGGUGGUGCAACCUUUGUAAAAAUAGUUUCAUAACCCAAAGUGCUGCUUUCAAGCAUUUGCUGUUGCUUGAAUUGUAAACAAUGCGGUCAUCAUCCAGGUGAUUAAACUUGAGUUUAUAGCCUUCUCUCUGAGUAUUACUCUUCACAAAUAGCAUGUUUCAGUUUCAGCUAGUGUUAUUCAUGCCCUUUGGCUGGACUUCCUGGGAUAUUAUGGGACAGCUCCAGGGGUGUGGGGGGAAUUGCUAAUGGGACACUAAAAUUAAACUGCUACUAGUGGUAGCAGUGGCUUGGCAUUGUUUCCUUCAUGAACUGUUUGAUCUCUGACACCAGUUGCCAAAAGCAACCUAGAGAAGUUAUUCCAUUCCUGUCCUUUGACCAAGGCCUAGUAUAGCCAAGUAGGCCCUUGUACCCUAGUCCCAUAAUUCACCCCCCAUGCCAACCCACCAACCAUUUCAGGUGAGUGGGCAGUGCUAUUAUCUCUUCAGUCAUCAUUUUCAGUCUGUGCCAGACCAAUUCCCUUACUCCCUGUGUAGCCACUUAAACUGCAUGAUUAUAAAUCCACUCCCUGACUAUUAAUCACCAGUCACUCACCAGCAACUGCUGGAAUACUCAAAGGUAUUUUUUAUGCAACAGUGCGCACAAGACAACAUUUGAAUCACAUUCCCCACUUGAAGGUAGAAUCCAUUGAGUAUAACUGGUAGGUAUAUUUAAUUCCUAAGGCUUGCUUUACACACACACACACACACACACACACACACAUACACUGUCUUCCAGUGAGGAACAUUCUGCAUAGGUUAUCAACUUACUGUGUUAAACUGUAAUAGGUCUAAACUGUCAUUCGAAUCAUUGCACAGAAACCAUAUUUUUAAUUGAUGUUUUUAUAGGAAACAUAAAAUUUCAUCUGCCUGCUGAGAGCUGAGCAGAAGGCUUAGGUACCGUAUUUUUCGCACCAUAGGACGCACUUUUUCCCCUUCAAAAAUGAAGGGGGAAUGUGUGUGCGUCCUAUGGAGCGAAGACAGCAUAGCCCCGCGACCCUCUGCCGGCUGGAGAGGUGACGCACGGCUAUGGCAGGAGCCUCUAUAGCCGCGCGCCACCUCUCCAGCCGGGAGAGCGCGCUCGGGGCUAAAGAAGCCCCGCUUACCCUCUCCCAGCUGGAGAGGUGACACGCAGCUAUUGCAGCAGCCUCUUUAGCCGCGCGCCAUCUCUCCAGCCGGGAGAGCGCGCACGGGGCUAAAGAAGCCCCCCCGUGACCGUCUCCCGGCUGGAGAGGUGACAUGCAGCUAUGGCAGGAGCCUCUAUAGCCGCGUGCCUUUGCGCUGCUCCCCGACCUGCUCUUUGGGGCUGGUGGUGGGCUUCCCCCCGCCAGCCCCAAAGAGCAGGUCGAAAGGAACCUGAAGCCUGGAGAGGGAGAGGGGUCGGUGCGCACCGACCCCUCUCCCUCUCCAGGCUUCCAAGGUAGCCGCCUGAAGGCGUCUGAACGCACCUUAAAUGGCACCUUGUUUUAGAGGGGGAAAACAAGAGGGGGAAAAUUCUCCCCCUCUCUGCGCAGCGCCUCCUGCCGCUUUGCUGAAGGGGCGCUGGGCAGAGAUUUUUUUUUUCUUGUUCUCCCCCCUCUAAAACAAGGUGCGUCCUAUUGUCCAGUGCGUCCUAUGGUGCGAAAAAUACGGUAUCUUACUUUCUUCAUGUUAGAUCAUUGCAAAUAUUGUAAUAUGUCAAAGAAUCAAUUUUCUAAACUUGUUAACAGUUUUUCUUGUGGAAGUCUAGUGAGGUUUUUAGACUGUUGGUUGGUUUCUAUAUACAUUCAGUUUAUUUUGUGCUAGAAACAGCAGCUUGAUGCUAAUCAAUGUCUACCUGUUCACACACAUGGCUUCUGUUAAUGGAUUUGUAGUUGUACGGUGGACUGACGAUGAAGUGGUACAUGUGCCUCUUGUUAGAGCCAGGAGAGACAUUUUUUAGAAUAAUAAGUCUAUUGGGAAAGGAAGGCUGCAGUACCUUUUAAGGUCUGUGUUGAGUAGGAGUUCUGGCAAGCAGAGCUUUUUAAUCCCUAUAUAACAGGUUGCACCUGCCCUCUAUAUUGAGGUACAGAAAGCAGGUCUGCCUGUAUAGUCGCUCACUGAAAGGUUUCUGAAAUCAGAGUCCACAUAAAAUUUGAUCAGAAAAGGUUUUUUUCUUCUUCAGAUCUUCAGAAAGUAAGGAAUAGUAUUCUAAAUCUUGUCAAAAGCCAAUCUCAUCCAGCAGCCUGCGCAUGUCAAUACAGUGGUACCUCGGGUUAAGUACUUAAUUUGUUCCGGAGGUCCGUUCUUAACCUGAAACUGUUCUUAAUCUGAAGCACCACUUUAGCUAAUGGGGCCUCCCGCUGCUGCUGCGCCGCCGGAGCACAAUUUCUGUUCUCAUCCUGAAGCAAAGUUCUUAACCCAAGGUAUUAUUUCUGGGUUAGUGGAGUCUGUAACGUGAAGCGUAUGUAAGCCGAGGUACCACUGUAGCCCAGUCCACAUGUCACAUUAAACCAUAGUUAAAAACAAUGGCUUAAAAUGAAUGCGUAUCAUGCUGCUCUUCGUUUUCCGCUCUUCCUCGGCUCUGGCUGCACCAGUUUGUUUCUCCCCAAGCACCACAAGUAAGCAAAAAAGAAAGCUUGAUUGCCACUUGAUUGGAGAGUGCUCCAAACAAACUGCUUCUGAUGCAAGAGGUUUGGAUGUCGCAACCAAGCCACACAAUGGCUUGUUCCUUGGCAGGGGAGAGGAGCAGGAGUCGGGGACAGAGCAGAGUGGUACGUUUUUGGCAUUGUGCACUAGCUCACUUCGAAUUCACAGUAAAUCAUAGUUUGCUUUUAAUUAAGUAUAGUGUAAUGUUACAUGUGAACCACAACACUGAGAAGCUCACAAGUAGGGCAAGGUGGAGACAGACAGAGGUAAUUAGGCACUGUAUGAAGAAAUGCUUCCCUUUGAAUCUAUGUCACUGGAUGACUGAAGACCAGACUACAUGUUUGCUUAAAUACGUAGCAGGCAGCUAUGUACUUUGUUUUUCCUAACUAAUUACAGGGGUAGAAAAUUCCCCCUCUUAGAUUCCUAGCCAUGCCAGGGAGCAGAGGGUGAUCUCACUCAAACUGCAGUGUGGGAGUGAUGAAGACAUAAGCCUAACCUUCCUGCUCACCCCUAGGUUCUGUAACUCCUGUGGAAAACAACAUAGUUAUGUAUUUAAAUGUGUGUCUUGUUUGGCCCUUUUGGUGUUUGGGAGCAUGGAAAGUAAAUUAUCUAUGGAAGUCUAAAUAAAGUGGUGCUGCUCGUUGAAAACAAACAAACAAUUUUUGUUCUUUCCAUCCUAUGCAUGGUGUAUCUACCGCCUAUGUCACCAGACAAUGAUGGGUUUCAAACAGCCCUGCAUGUUUGGUCCAUACAGUGGUACCUUGGGUUACAUACGCUUCAGGUUACAGACUCCGCUAACCCAGAAAUAGUGCUUCAGGUUAAGAACUUUGCUUCAAGAUGAGAACAGAAAUCGUGCUCUGGCGGUGCGGCAGCAGCAGGAGGCCCCAUUAGCUAAAGUGGUGCUUCAGGUUAAGAACAGUUUCAGGUUAAGAUUGGACCUCCGGAACAAAUUAAAUACUUAACCUGAGGUACCACUGUACUUGGUUUUUGCUCCACGUUUCUUCCUGGUAAGUAGUACAGUGGUACCCCAGGUUGAGAACUUAAUUUGUUCUGGAGGUCCGUUCUUAACCUGAAACUGUUCUUAACCUGAGGUACCACUUUAGCUAAUGGGGCCUCCUGCUGUCACGCACCGCCGCUGCGUGAUUUCUAUUCUCAUCCUGAAGCAAAGUUCUUAACCCGAGGUACUAUUUCUGGGUUAGCGGAGUCUGUAACCUGAAGAGCCUGUAAGCUGAAGCAUCUGUAACCCUAGGUACCACUGUAUUACAAGCACGUGAGAAGCCAUCUCCUUUUGAAUAACUGGCAGUGGGAUGCAGUUCCUCUUCCUGAAGCUUUCUGAUUAAUUCAGUUCUCAGAACCUAUGUAGAAAAAAAACAAAUAUUGUUUUUGCCGGAGAGAUAAUGGACAAAGGUUAUUCUGAUUGAUGGGUGCAAUCUACAGAUAUCCCAAACUUUGUUUCUAUAAGGGUUUUUUGCUUUCCUGGACCUCCCUUCUAUUUUAGCCUACCUGAUUCCAGAUAAGGGAACAGAAUGAGCACCACAUCACUGGCUCUAAGCUGUUCGUCUUUCCUUUGUUAAUACUGAGAUUGCAGCUGCCAAAUGAGGUUUUCAUGGCUUUGGAAGGCUAAUUACGAUAAUAUUUGAGAACGCUGUUAACAAAUAGUGUUGAGGGUAUUAAAAGCGAUGCCUGUAGCUGAAUUGGUUGUCCUCUGUAGUAUAGGAAUCUCUGAAUCUUUUGGUCAAAUGAGAUACUUAAUGAGUUUUUCGGUCACAGCACAUUACAUAAAUUAGAUGUUAUGUAAUAAAACAAAAGUACUUGCAUACCAUAUGGACUUUUUAUUUUGGAACCUGGAACAGACGAUUUCAUUUUUAAUUUAAUGGAAAAUGAAUAGUGAAACACAGUGGGUGAUAGCCAACUUCCUGUCAUUUUUAGGGUAGAUAAAUGGAAAACUAUUAACUUAAGUUAGUCCUGAGAAGUUUUGAUUUUGACAGGUGUACUCUGGCUAUAUAAUUGUUAAUGAUAUUAUCUGGGGUAUUACACAUCUUAUCAGUUUUGACAUUCUGAAAAUGAAAUACUAAUAAGUGACUUUUGAAAAUGAUAAAAUGGCAUACUGCUUAAGAGAGUUAAGGUAGGGCUUCUCAGAUGCAUUUUUGUAGAAAAAUAUUGUUUGUAAUACAUGUUUUUUCUAGAAAAAACAACACUUUUAUAACAUUUGUUUAUACAUAUAUGAGAAAUUAUAUUUCACUUCCUGAUAAUAUUUUAUGUAUAGCACACAGACCUAAGCCCUAUUUAGAUAAUAAUUGGUCCUACUAAUUUUAGCUUCUGUUUGUAAGAACAUGAAUAAAAUGGAUCUCAACAAAGUAAUUCUUUUUCUAAGAAUCAAAGCAAAGCAAAGAUCAAUAAUAAGACAGCAUUGUACAUAUUUUUAUGGGGACAUGAGUAGAAAUCCAAUGCCACAGAGAGAAAGAAAAUUAAGGACUAGGGCGGGGUCCACAAUGAUGUUUUCAUUUUAUCUGUGUGCACAAUUUCCUGUUAACAGUCAGUGCUCUCUGUGUUUUGAUCUUCUUGUACAAAACAAUGCACAAGGAAUAGAAUUACAAGCAUUUGCAUGACUGAUAUGGAAUUAACUUUUGUUGGCCCUUUCUGUUGCCACAUUACUAGCCUAGUUUCAUCAAUGUUGGGACCUUUAUUAUGUAUUAUUAUUUUAUUAUUGAAAUAAAUAUUGGGGUGAAUGUGACCCCUGUACCUGAUAAUACCAUUUGCUAGGUUGCCUACAAUCCGAUAAAUAGGAUUUAUUAUAAAUGUAAUAAUAAAUAAAAUAUUCCCUCCAAGGAGCUCAAGGUGGAAUAAACCAUUCACUCACUUCCUUGUUUUAUGUUCACAACAACUCUGCGAGGUAGGUUAGGCUGACCGACUGUGACUGGCCCAAAGUCAACCAGUGAGUUUCACUUCAUUUCACUUCAGUGGUCUUAGGAAUCUGUGGAUGAGUUGAAAAGAUAUGGGGUAAAAAAAAAAGACCACCAAGCAGUCUGAGAACGAGACCAAGAAGAAAAACGUAACUAUCACAAUCUUGAUCACAAUAUCCAGAGAGGCCAUAUUACCGUAUUCUAGCCCUCAGGUUUGCUGUUCCUCUCAAUAUAGUUGAUUAAAAGCAGCAGCUCCAUCUGCUGGCACUUGACAGUCACUACGCACAGAUUGCAUUUUAAUGCCUCUCAAAUUCUACGUGCUUGCACAUUUGGUAUAGUUAAGGUUAAUAUAAUCUUAAUGAUACCAAGUAGCAUUCAUAUUUGUAUAAAACUGGUCUCUGAAUGAGAAAAUGCAUGCAUUUCAACUGUAGGGGGUUUUUUAAGGGUGCUGGGAGAGGUAACCUACAGUUCCCAUGAUUCUUGGAGUAUAUCUGGGUGCCUUAAAUAUAUGGUUGUGUAGGCAGCCCUAUUGGGACGCAGGUGGCGCUGUGGGUUCAACCACAGAGCCUAGGGCUUGCCGAUCAGAAGGUCAGCGGUUCAAAUCCCCGUGACGGGGUGAGCUCCCGUUGCUCCGUCCCAGCUCCUGCCAACCUAGCAGUUCGAAAGCACAUCAAAGUGCAAGUAGAUAAAUAGGUACCGCUCCAGCGGGAAGAUAAACGGUGUUUCCGUGCGCUGCUCUGGUUUGCCAGAAGCGGCUUAGUCAUGCUGGCCACAUGACCCAGAAGCUGUACGCCGCCUCCCUCAGCCAAUAAAGUGAGAUGAGCGUCGCAACCCCAGAGUCAUCGGCGACUGGACCUAAUGGUCAGGGGUCCCUUUAUCUUUACUUAGGCAGCCCUACUUGCAAACACUGGGAGCUUCCAGGCAAAAGCUUCUUCAGGAGCACAAAAAGUACACCAGGCAGCAUCUCAGAAGUACAUCCUACCCAGAAAUGUUAUAUGAUGUUAGUUAAGUGAUAGUAGUACCCGUGCUUAUUCUGCUAGUCAACAGGCAGCAAUCAGAACAAUCCCCAAUGCUUGUAGGUAUUAAGCAUUCUGAAUUGCGCUGCUGGGCAUUUGCAAAUACCCUGCCUAGACAUGCCCAUGCAGAAUCCCAGGCUGUCUUACAGUCUUACAGAGCCAGUGUGGUGUAGUGGUUAAGAGCAGUAGUCUCAUAAUCUGGGGAACCGGGUUCGCGUCCCCGCGCCUCCACAUGCAGCUGCUGGGUGACCUUGGGCUAGUCACACUUCUCUGAAGUCUCUCAGCCCCACUCACCUCACAGAGUGUUUGUUGUGGGGGAGGAAGGGAAAGGAGAAUGUUAGUCGCUUUGAGACUCCUUAAAGGGAGUGAAAGGCGGGAUAUCAAAUUCAAACUCUUCUUCUUCUUCUUAUCAUUUCAGUCACAGACACAGCAAAAAUAAUGUUUGAAUAUGUUUCUCCAAAUAAUGAUUACAUCUUACAUUUCCAGCGACGCAAAUACUGGGAACAGACUGUGUGUUGAUGAAGCUGUUAGGGCACAUCUGGAGCUGCCUCUUAUCCUUCAAUCUAAUUUGCUAACUGUUGACUCGGGACACAGACGGCCAAAGCUGCUCCCCUGGGCAGCUCUUGGAAGCUGCAUGAACAUCACAGCAAGGAUUAGCACAGGUUUUUUGUUUUUUUGUGACCUGGCUUGAUCCUCUGCUACACUGUAAAGGAGAUAAUUCUGUGUGGGUCACCGGAACAUACAUUAUGAGCACUGUGCAUGGCAUGAGCACAUUGCACAUUCUAGGGUGUGCACAUUUCACGUUUGCUGAUUGUGACAGUCCAGAUGUGAAGCUGCUCUUGCAUAAUGCUUGUAUAUUCGUCUUAGAGUUUAAUGAGUGUAAUCUGCAUAAAGCUAUAUGCUCUUUAGUUCAUUGGAAACAACAAAAGAUUUCAAUGAGACUACUUCGUCUAAUUUUCCUUCAACUGCAUCAUUAUUUUCAUUAUCCUCGUUAACGCUUUCUCCCCUCAUAGUAAUCAAAAGGUACAGAUAGAUAAUUAAAUCUACAACAGAUCUACAUUUGCAAGCAAAAUGUGAACAAAGAUUUGGUCUUCACUGUAGAAUACUUGGAAAAGAAAUGUUAAGGCGUAUGGAACACUUAGAACACUAGUCCUUCUGCUGAUAACUCUUUUCAGGAUAGCACAUGCUGGGCAGAUUUUAAUAAGUUCAGUAUUCAGUUUUGCUGUUUCAUCACUUCUCUUUUACAAUAUACAUCUGCAGCCUCUUCUGCAGCCAAAAUCUGCAUAUAAAGGGUUUCUUACUCUCAGUAUAUAGGAAAAUGGGAAGGGUUGGAUAACAAUAAGCAAAUGACUCACUUGUGUACUGUCUGCAUGAUGGAAUAAUUUAUAGAGUCGUGAAAUGCUGUAGAUAUAUAUUCUUUCAAACUAAGAGUGAUUAUGUGUUAAGGAAGCUACAGCUGAGCAAUGGCAUUUGGGGAAGUUCCACAUGACAAUGUUAAGUUUAUUUUCUCUCUGCAUAGUGCUUUCCUUCCACACAGUGGGGUAUAUAUGGAGAAGUAUAUGUGUGUAAAUGAUAGACCACAACUAUUUCAGCUUUUAGCUAGAGGUAUGUUACCAAAAUUAGCUGCUGUGCAUUCCUUCUUAGCACAUCGUUCUAUCCUGGAGAGUAGCAUACAAAAAGGAGAAAAGAAGCUAAAACCACACAGAGAUGCUCUUGUGUUGAAACAAAAGGAGAGCAUGUUAGCUGGCUAUCCAGGUACAAAGGGGAAUUGCUGAAAUAUUAACUAGAUAUCAUUAAAAAUAACUAGCUGCUGGAAUUUGGAGGAGAGGAAAGGAUAAUGGUCAGAUUUUGACAAAGUAGUUGAACCUGACUCCCAUUGUUUUCAAUGUGUACUAAGUUCACCUAACUUAGCUCUGGGUCCACCCCAGAUAAGUGUGGCACACCUUUUACUUAUUCAUGUUCACAUACCUACAAUGAAUAUUGUAAUGGGAGAUAGUUAACAUUGUGCUCUGGUGAGUUGCUUUCUGACUAGCACCUCAAAAACAAAUUAUUAUGUUAAGCAUUUUAAAGCAACUGACAAUGAAACAAAAAAAAUAUAUAUGAAACAACAAGCAGCCAGCAAUUUUUAAAAUAGCAGUUCACCAAAACUUUAAAUUCAGUAACAUGUUUUUAAAAUGUAGUAGGUUUCACCUUAUGAUGAUAUAGGCACUUCACAGAUCUGCCCAGGAAAGCUAUUUCAAAGGUGAGAGGUUACCACUGAAGAAGCUAAUUCCCCAGUUGCCAUUCACCUCAUCUCCUGAAUAUUGGGUUACCUGUAGACCAGUCUCAGAAGCAGAUCUUUCGGGAAGAUUUCUAUUGAAGAAGGCAGUCCUUUAAAAAUCCUGCUAACAAGCCAUUUGGGGCUUUAAAGGUCAAGAACAGCCCUUUCAGUUGUGCCUGAAAACAGACUGGUAGCCUCUAUAGAUCUUUUAGCACAGGCAAGUUGUGCUGAAUCUGGCCCAUCCCAGCCUAACAAUUUAGCUUCCAUUUUCCAUUUUCCCAUCUGCUCUAUCCACCAGAGCCUUUCUUUGCAUGCAGGGAAAGUCACUGAAGGUUUAAGGCCAGUCGAAGCCAUUCCCAGGAUGUGGCCACUGUCACAUGCCAAUAGUUUCUAGGAGCCAUAGGUGAGAGCUGAGUGCAGAAGGGACCAAAGAUGGGCAAACUACCCCAGAAAAAGCACAAUGUGUCCGUCCCCCCCACCAGAGGUACUACCCUUGCUCUAACACCCCAUGGCAUUAGUAGGUAAUGUGAUUCUGUGUGUAUGUUGUUUCCCUCUAGCUAACACUAUUUACACAGUACCAGCUUAACAUAUAAUUGGUUGUUCUUUUUCUCAGUUUGGAUUGAAGCUGGCGUGGGGAAUAAUGCAUCAAAACACAGUAUUUCAUUUUUUUAAAUGACAGAUAUGAUUUGAAUUACAUGUAGAUAUGAAUUACAACUAAUGUUACGUGUACACUGCUUCUCAGGCCAGCAGUGGUAGUGCACUGGAAGCAGAGUGAAUGGGGUAAGUUCGCAGCCUUAGAUGAACUCUCCCCUGUUCCUUCCCUUGCCUUUUGUCCAGUUUUAUGGCAUGUCAUAGGAAACCACAGAGCUUGGGGAGCAAUUUACCUCUGUGAGGAAGAGAGAUUCCAUCGUUUAAAGUAGGGAGGAAGAGGGUCAGAACAGCAGCUGUUCAGGCUCAUGUCUUGGUAUAUGCAAAAUAUUUUUAGAAUACUUUUGUACUAAAGGAAAUAAACAUUUAUGUAGGAUUGUGAGCAGAUCCACCCGGCCUUGGAAGUAUGUACAUUUUGUCCUGGGUAACAUUGCUGAUUAGAUUUUGUAUAAACAUAUUAGUUAGCCGACAAUGUUAGUCUGGGUUUGCUAUGAGUCGAGAGGGCUGAAUUGUUUUAGGAAAUGAGUGGCUCAGUGUUAACGUACAAGAGUUAAAAUCAUGAGGACAUUUCUGCUUUUGGUGCUGAAUUGCUGUGUGGCGUAUUGCAUGUCACUGUAAUCACUCUGUGGUCUAACUCCCAGAAUUCUUAAAAUCCCUGUGGCAAUACGUCAGACUAUCGAUUAUACAUUUGCAGUGUGUUGUACGCCUAUUGAGUAACAGUUAUAAAGUGUGACGGAUGAACAUGCAGAUGAAUUCAGAGUUGAGAUUACUUUUUUACUGCUUUCAAAAAGCAAACCAUAUUGGAUAUUAGAUCAUUAUUAUGGAAUAGAUGCUGCUUUUAUAAAUAUAAAUAUUAUGCCCACAUAUAUUAUAAGAGCAUCUUAUAAUUCAUAAUUCUUGUCAGUUGUUCAUUGUUAGAUCUGAGAUAAUAUUGAAAUGCUCCUGCUUAAUUUGGAUUGAAUUUUGUUCAGCCGAUGCAUUUGUCAUUUCAUUAGCAUGGCAGACCAUUAAUCUCAUUCAUCAAAACUGUCCUAUACCGUGAACUGAGCGAGCAAUAACAUGUUCGGCUACUGCCUUCAUUUUAUUUUGCAUGGAUUGUUAAAUUUUGUUGCAAGCUGUCUUGAGAAUGAAGGCCAGGAGGUAGGAUAUAAAUAUUUGAAAUAAACUAAUAAAUCUUUACUAAAAUACCAACAGUGAUAUUCUUCCUUCCUGUUUGGAACAUGGCCAGUCUCUAAGAAAAUAGUUUCUUCUUAAAAUCUGUUACCAAGGAAUUCAGCCUCACUGUCAUUUUAAGUAUGCCUCUAGGCCAGGGUGGUCCAACACAUGGCCCCUCAAGGCCCUUUUUGGUGCGUGCGUGUGCACACACACACACACACACACGGCCUUUGCGCUGCCUUCCCAAAGCUGAGUAAGCGAGCCGCUGGGCUUUGGGAUUAUGGUGUGUGUGUGUAUGUAUAUAAUCAGUCCCUUUGCUUUCUCUCAUCAGCAGAGACUUCCAAUUUAGUCUGGCUAUUAUGUGUGGUAAAAAUUCAUUCACGUUUAAUUAAAAACACCUACCAUAAUUUGAAUGCUAAGGCUGAUGGUACACGUAUCUUUUGUGAUGAGCAUGUUACAUCUCAUCUGCACUGCAUAUUACAUCCUAGUUAGAAUAAUGUUGACCACAGCCUCGUCAUGCAUGUGCACAAACACUACAUAAGAAGUGUUGUAUAAGGGAACAUUUUCAUUUCUAUGGGAUUUGUUGUUGUUUUUUCUAGGCAGUCUUGAACAAUUAAAAUUAUGUUUUGCUGCAAUUAAGAAUCAGGAUAAGGAUAAUAAUGAUGAUUACCUCCUUUAUUGCAUUGUGUGACUAUGCUUAUCAGGUCCAAUGUGCAAAGUAUCCAGUAGGUUAUAACUUAAGAUACAGUACUGCUGCCAUGUACAUUGCACUACAAACCAGGUUCUCUUAUCAUCUUAGCACUUUUCCACUUCAUGACUGGAUAGCUUUUCAGACUUAGGGUACAAUUGAAGGUAUAUUACUUGCACUCAGGCUGUGUAAACACUAUAAAGCACAUUCAAAGCACAUUGUUCCUUCCUCAAAGAAUUCUAGGCACUGUCAUUGCUGAAAAUUGUAACUCAAUGAGGGGGGUGAAUUGCAGUGCCCAACAUUCUUUGAUUGAGAGUGUUUGCUUAAAGUGUGCUUUAAAGGUAUAGCGUGUGUGCUGUCUCCAGAAGCAUACUUACUAUGUAUUUGUCAGAUGUACAUAAUAUCCAUGAGCUGUGAGGAACUAGCUCUGCUCAUUUGCAGGGGAGGGAAAUAAUGUAGUAUUGGAUCAAAUUGCUAGGAGUACCAGUUGAGCUACAGAAUAAGAGGUCAAAUAAGAAAGCAAUGUGUUGCAUUGGCUACUAAGUUGAUAAAAAGAACUGAAGAAUUUGCUUGGUCUGAAAUUCAGGAACUGUUGCUCAUCAAAAUUAAUAUAGAGAGUGUAGUUAGGAAAAUGGAGGAUAAUUUAUUUGUGUAUCAAACAAAAAACCUUAUGGAUUUUUUUAAUCUGGAAGACAUUUUGUGCUAAGUAUGGUAUUAACUUUAUCACUUGAUGCCAGUUUUGAGUAAUAGGGCACUGUUUUGGUAUGAGCAGCAUAGGAAGGAAUUGUUAUAUUCAAUUGUGCUUACUCCCAGGCAAGUGUGUACAGUAUAGGACUACAACAUUAGAUUCCUAAUAUUUACUAUUUUAGGGGAUUGUGUGGUGCUACCGAUGUUUAUACUAGUGUUCUCAUGGCUGAAUGAGCAGAACACUUAUUUCCCCAUUGGCCCAAGUUCUUGCAUUGCAAUAAUGUUCCCACAUCACAAAUAAUGUCAUGCUUUGUGAUCUUAUAUUAAUUUCUUCUUAGAAUUAUUUAUGAAUUAUUUCAUAGAAAACUAAGGUUGAAUUUUAAUCUCUUAUAGGUGGAAAGACAUGAUAUGAAUACCCUCAGCCUGCCUCUUAAUAUUCGCCGGGGAGGUUCGGACACCAACCUCAACUUCGAUGUACCUGAUGGUGUGUUUGAGUUUCACAAAGUAAAAGUCAGUGCAGACAGUUUGAGGCAAAAGAUUCUGAAAGUUACGGAGCAGAUCAAAAUAGAACAAACAGCUCGGGAUGGGAAUGUGGCAGAGUAUUUGAAGCUCGUGAACAGUGCGGACAAACAACAAGCAGGUCGAAUUAAACAAGUAUUUGAAAAGAAGAAUCAAAAGUCUGCCCAUUCUAUAGCCCAGUUGCAGAAGAAAUUGGAACAAUAUCACAGAAAGCUCAAAGAGAUAGAACAAAAUGGUUCCUCCAAAAGUACCAAGGAUACUUCCAAAGACAGCCUGAAGGAAAUCCAACAUUCCCUGAAAGAUGCCCAUGGGAAAUCUCGUACUACUGGCCAGAGCAAUGAGAGCAGCAAAACAGGUGUUCCAGGAGUCUCCUUGACACCACCAGUGUUUGUUUUCAGCAAGUCCAGAGAGUUUGCAAACCUGAUCCGGAAUAAAUUUGGUAGUGCUGACAAUAUUGCUCACUUAAAGAGCAGCCUGGAUGAUUUUAGGCCAGAAACUACUUCCAGGGCCUACGGCGGAAGUGCUACUAUAGUGGCCAAGCCAAAAUACACCAGUGAUGAUGAGUGCUCAAGUGCAACAUCUGGCUCUGCGGACAGCAAUGGAAACCAGUCCUUUGGCCAUGGUGGAACAAAUUCUCUGGAAAGCCAUGGGAAACUAUCAAUUCUCUUUGAGGGACUGCGGGAAAUAAAGGAAGCACAAUCCCAGUUGGCAGAUGACAUUGAGAAUUUAAAAGUACAAUUCAAAAGAGAGUAUGGCUUUAUUUCUCAAACGCUGCAGGAGGAAAGGUACAGGUACGUUAUUAUGUUGGCCAGUUGAAACUGAUUUUCACAGGUAGAUGAGAAUGAGGUGGUGUCAAAGCAAUGCAACAAAGAGAAGAAUGAACUAAAUACCCUUGAACUCCACCCAUGACAAUGAUCAGCUGCAUGUACUACAUAGGCACAUGUUAACACUUCCCCAUCAUAUAUGCACUUGAAGAGGCUACCACAUUUGCUGUUAGGGUAAUGUGUGAAGUGUAUUCCCAGAAUUCUCAGCAGGCUUAUCAGGUGAGCAGUCAUGGGGUAAAAAAACUCUUGUCAUGUUAGUUUCUAUAAUCACAUGCAAAAACUUACAACUUAGUGAGAAUGGCAGUAGUAGUAGUAAUAAUAAUAAUAAUAAUAAUAAUAUAAAAUUACUUUUUAAAAGGUUUACAAUGUUCAGCUUGUAUUCAAGGUAGUAUACUUUUCUAAUGCCAGUAGGGUUUCAGCGCAGGGAAACAAAAAGUUACCCUGAUAAAGAAUGGUGAUGAUGCAACCUACAAAUAAGGAGGGAAGCACUUGAAUUAGAUUUCACAUAAAAGCCAAGUAAAUUUUGUUUUUUUUAAGGUAUGAGCGAUUAGAAGACCAGCUGAAUGAUCUAACAGACCUCCACCAGCACGAGACAGCCAACUUGAAGCAAGAACUUGCUAGUAUUGAAGAAAAGGUGGCGUAUCAGGCCUAUGAACGGUCACGAGAUGUUCAGGUACCAACUUUUGAAAUUAAGUAACAGAUUAUUUUUUUGUUUCCAAAGAAUUAGCCACUGUGGUCCAGUGAUGAAAGCACAGGAUUUUUUAGACUGAAAGAGCUGAGUUCCAAUUUAAGACUAGAUUUGGGCCUUUGGAGAUGGAGAAGGAAGUCACUCAUGCUUCCUAUUCUUUAUGUCUUUAAAAAGAACUUUUGCAUCUCCCUCUCAAAGAAAUACUGUGAAUCCAAUGCAGCUUUAUUCAGAUGACUAAGUCCCCACUGCAUUCAAUAAAGCUUAUUCCCUUUCACGUUUAGGAUUGCAGCCAUAAACUCAUAACCAGAGCUUUCACAUCUAACCACUAAUUUUUCACAUUUAUAUCUGAUGGAACUAUAGUGUGGAAAUGACAUUGCUCUUGCAAGAUAGGAACAACUGCAGUUCUCCAUGGGAAAAAUUAUAACCUCCCUCACUAGGCUGUUGUGGGAAUGAACAAAAUAAGUAUAGAAAAGUGCUAUUGAAAGAAUUGUUCACCAAGCUUUUAAUCAGUCCGUGUAAUAAGAGGAUAUGAGACUGAACAUGAACACUGGCCGUUGCACAGUUCUCCUUCAAGGAGGAAAAAGACAUCUAUAAUUCUGUGAUUCUGUGUACUGUACAUUUAUGUAUGGCUGGAGACAGGCAGGGGAAGAGUGCUCUUGUGUUCGAAUCUGGUUGUCCACCGUGAGAACAGGAUGCUGGACAAGAUGGGCCAUUGGCCUAAUCCAGCUGCCUGUUCUAAUGUUUUUGUGUUAAUACAUUUUCAACCUUGAGAUGCAUAGAAUUAUAGAAUUGUAGAGUUCGCAAUCAAAGAGUUGUAAAUUGUUUUGCUAAUUGAUUUAUGCACAGAUGGGGGUAAUGUCCUUAACCGAUCAGAUAGAAUGAAAAUGUAUUUUAUGUAUGAAAGUGAUGGUUCCUUAACUUUUCUUUCCCCCCUUCCCCUUCCUAUUUUAUACUGACAGGAAGCUUUGGAAUCUUGCCAAACACGGGUCUCUAAGCUGGAGAUUCAUCAGCAAGAACAGCAAGCCCUGCAGUCAGAAACCGUUAAUGCCAAAGUCUUGCUGGGGAAAUGUAUAAACGUAGUCUUGGCCUUCAUGACCGUAAUCCUAGUGUGCGUCUCCACCAUAGCCAAGUUUAUAGCUCCUAUGAUGAGAAGCCGUUUCCAUAUCAUUUGCACCUUCUUCGCAGUAACUCUUCUUGCAAUUUUAUGCAAAAACUGGGAUCACAUUGUCUGUGCCAUAGAAAAGAUGAUCAUACCAAGAUGA